AUGCCAACUGAUUUAAUGACGGCAUCAUGCCUACGUUUUGCGUGCUUCGAAUGUGGAAAACGUUUUGUACGGCGAAACGAUCAGCGUGUCCACGAGUUGUUGCAUACUUCACAUGAACAGUACGACUGUAAAAAAUGUGGCCAGCAUUUUCGUCGCCAAAUUUAUCUCAAAAAACACGAGAACUCAUGUCGAGUGAUUAAUGAUAACGCGAAUGCUUAUUCGUCCAUCCGUGUCAACGAGUAA